GUCCCCGCUUGGCUCGAGCUCACCCUCUGCAGGUCAUCAUGGCAUUCAGUUUCGGCGCCUCUGCUUCCGCCGCCGCCAGCGCUGCCGGUGCCGGCUUGGGCGGUGCAGGCGCGGCCGCUGCGUCCGCCACCGCCGCCUUCAGUGGUGCGGUCAACCUGGGCCUUCUGAGCUUUGGUGGAGGACGAGGUGGGUUUGGAGGGUUCAGAGGAGGACGAGGUGGUGGGUUCAGAGGACGCGGUCGUGGGCGCGGACGUGGUGGAUUCGGAGGCGGUGGAUUAUUCUUUUCGAGAUUUACUCGUGACGUGGGCGAGGACGAGGACGAGGACACCCACGGCCGGCUGAUCGAGAUCAUCUCCGAUCAGGACGAGAGCGGCUGCGGCAAGCGGCUGGUGUGCGAGCUGGCCGCCGCCGAAGCCGAGGACGAGCGGCAGCUGCUGAUGGAGGAACUCGCCAUCUUGGAGUUCGUCGGCGACAUUGUUCCCGGCGAAGACCUGAGGGCUCAAGGGGCAGCCCUGGACUACAAGCUCGCUAAGGAGCGAGGUAUGGAAGGGCGCGACUGCGGUCUCCUGUACCCGUCAUGCAUCUACAACGGCACCGAGAUCAUGACGUCAGUGCUGGCUUACCUGUCAUAGAGAGCCCAUUCAUUAGUGGAAAAAGCCGUUACUGCACCUCUGUACACGCAGCUGUCUGGCUUUGUGUCAUCUUGUCAGGCAGGGCCUGUGCAAGUGCAGUUGGGGAGGGUGAAUGGCAGUAGAGGAGAAAAGAGAGAGAGAGAGACAGAGAGAGAAGACAGAGAGAGAGAUCUAACAGAUGGAAGACAAAAUUUGAAUACUAUAAAGCCCGUAAUUCUAGCACAAGGCGCUUUUUUCCUUUUCUCAUGAUCUCGAGGAAAUUCUGUCAUUUCACCCGUGGCUUCUUCCCUUCGUGCACUGUCUACUCACAUCCUUACUUCAUCUGAAUUGUAUUUUCGCCUCGCUAUCUUUUGUGUUUUCCACUUGUUCGAACUGUGUCGAUAAAUAUUCCUUUGUCGAGAUUAAAUUAU